AUGGGUGGCGAAUUUGAGUUGCCGGAGCACAUAAUCCAUCACAUACAAUCCUUUCUCACCGGAACGGAAGCUGUUCGGACAUCAGUUCUCUCCAAAUCGUGGAACCGCGCUUGGACCACUCGCCCAAACCUUGACUUUCACGACGAAGAUUUCAGACGUAUGAACAAUUUUUCCAACCCCAGCUACUUGGACGAAUUCGUGGAAUACGUGAACAAGACUAUUAAGAGAUACGAAGAAAGGAAACUAAAGAUCGAUGGUCUUACGCUUUGGGUAAACAACUCAUCGGUUGUUCAUAAAAAAUUGAUCCUACAAGCCCUUAGUACGGGCGCGACUCAUCUCCAAAUUGGUGGACGUUUUAAUGUGCCGAAGGCGGUGUUUAAAUCUGAGAAUCUUGUUCGAUUAUCCGUGGACUGUUGCAAAAUCAAAACAAACCAGGUUCGAGUCGUAAAAUUUACUCGGCUUGAAUCCCUUAGUUUAACCAACGUCGAAAUCAGUUCCGGUGAGAUUUCUGGGAUAAUCUCCGGCUGCCCCUCAAUCAAGACAUUGUCGCUCACGGGUCUAUUGUCAUCAUCAUCGGUUGUUGGAGGUAGAAUCUGUUGCCAUACGCUCACGAGUCUCGUGCUUUGCCGGGUGUCCUUCUGUGGUGACGACCUGUCCUCUAAAUUUCCUUCCCUCAAGGAUUUGACCCUAGAGUGUCCUAUGCCAGAAUCGCUAGAGACGCGAGUUUCGAGCCGUUCGCUCGAGCGUUUCAAAUUGGUUUCCUUCCCAUGUUAUUCGCAUUAUACAUUCAAGUUGGACGUACCAUGUCUCCGCAGGUUUACGUUUGAUGGUUCACUCUCUCAUGACAUUAGUAUUGCAUCGGCGUCAAGGAAUCUGGUGUCGUGCUUAACAAUAACAGAAGAAGGUCACUUGACCACCACAUUGUUCAAAAAGUUGGAUAAUUUUCUAACGGGUUUGGAGCAGUCGGAAGUUCAUCUCUGUCUCCAUCUCUGCUCACAAAUCAUAUUGGAUUAUGAGCCGGGCGACCUUGAAGGUUUGCCGAAACAUGAGGUGGCUAAUUUCACGAUAGACGUGUAUGGUCUGUCGUUUAUAACUUGUUACGUUCUUUUUGACGGGUUGUUUCGGAUUAUCCGUCCAAAGUUCCUGAAGCACUACCUACAUCCCAAGUCAACCUGCGGUAAGAUUCGCCCAAUGUUGGUGAAUGACUACCUAGUACAUCUCGAGUCAAGCUGCAGUGAGAACACCAACAAUGAUUUUCUUGGAAAGAGGCUUUUUGAGGGAGUGAACGGGAGUAUAUGCUCGGUCAGGAGCCAUCCUAUGCGUAGUGUGCAUGAUCUUAAGGAAGUAACUGUGCAGCUUUUUGAUGAUGAUGCUUAUGAGUGGACUACCGUUACAUGGGACUCAUUUUUUGAUGCUUCCACAAGCACAAACCGUAAGCAACAAAUUCGUUUUCAAUUGGAAUGGAGACCAUAG